AUGAUUGUAUUAGCGGGAGUACGUUGGAGCCAAAAUGCAAAGUUAUAUUCUAGUGGUGGUGGGGCUGUACAAUGAAAAAUGUUCGUUUUUGAGUCCUGAAUGUGCGAAGGAAAUGGCGGGAGUGGGCGGGAGGCGGUGUGAGAGGAAGGUGCGGCCGUGGCAGUAUCUUGGGAAGAUCCCUUGGGUGUUGUCGCGAGCGCGUCGUGACCUUGAUGAAGUUGGUGCACACCGCCGCCUCAGUCCGCGCCCUGAAAACGAUACCUUUUGUGAAGACAGUGAUCUCUUACCCGGCAGAAUCAGGGUCAGCGCCGAGCCACGACCACCACCGUCACAUUCCACUCUGAACAGGGUGCUUUGAUGCAUCAACACACUAAAAUUCGGCCUUAUUUUUUGCCGCGCACCAAAAGAGUGUCGCGAUGAAUGGUGAUUUUCACUGCUCAGGGGCGCUCAUUGCUCACUCGCAGCCCAUCGCGUACCCCGGUGUGGGUGUCGAUAUGCGGCUCUGGGAAGGUUCUUGCUUACAUUCAAUUACAUAACUGUGUUUUUACGUAUAGUUUGGGAACAUGUGCUUGUCAUUUCAUUUGAGUUUUACGUUUAUUUGCCCGUAAAUUGUGUUUUAUAUAUAUUGUAAAUAACGGAAUCAAUAUCAUAUUUAUUAACAUCAAGGGCCUAGAGCAUCAAACAUUGUGACAUGCCGUAGUAAGGCACAAUAUAUUGGCUAAUAACGCUGAUUUGUAAUGUCUGAUAAUUUAGAAGACAAAUAUAUAACAGUAGUCUUCGGCUUGAAAUGCAUCUUUGUAAAUAGUUUAGUAUGGUGUAAUUGUUAAUAUAAAUUUAUUUUAAAAA